AAGACGUUCGGUUUCCAUCGAUUCAAUUUUAUAUAAUCGAUAAAUAUAUUAUUUAUUCGUUUCGUUAAAAUAACGGCAGUUUUCAAUAAAAAAAUAUCCAAAACCAAUAACGCUAAUGAAAAGCAGUCAAAACAAACAAGGAUUUUAAUGUAAUCGAUAGUUUUAUGCUUUUAUACUUUACAUUUACAUCAUGAUAGUUUAGAAAAAAGAAACGCAAUUGACACGACUUACUUAGUAUUUUUUACUCUGUGGUCAAGACCGGUAGAGAGUAUAGUAUUCUGUGAACAAGACUGUCAAAGCAAAUAAACGUUGAAAGUUGAAUUUUGUUUCGGUUCGGUUUAUUCAUUUCAUCAUUUUCAUCCGAAUAAUUUAACUUAUUCUUGUUGUGUGCGGUUUCAAAGUCAACAUGGACCAGCCGCUGGAAAAAGUGAAACGGCAGUAUCCGUCGGUGGCACAAAAAUUGCGGCUCUCACAAUUGCUGGAAGCAGACGAAGAAUUGCGGAACGGAAAAUUUACAGCUACUUUCUCAAAAAAGAUAGCAUCUGAAAGAUGGGAGAAGAUAGCGUUGGAGCUAAACUCGCUCACUGGAGCAAAAAAGUCGGGCAAAGAAUGGCGCACAACUUGGGGAGAUAUGAAAACAUACACUAAAAAAAAGUAUGCGGGACAAAGAAGGUCCAUGCAAAGGACUGGUGGAGGGCCCCCUGAUAUACAGCCGGAGGCGGUAGACCAAAUAAUAUUGUCUACAAUAAGUGAGUCAGCAUUGUCUGGACAUUCAGACAGCCAAGAGUCAAGUGCUAGACUCAUAAACUUUCACCAUGAACCAACAAAUGAUAGUGAAAAUGUCCAAAUUAUAGUGAUUGAACCACCUGCCACCGACCCACCUGCAAUAGAACCCGUACCAGGAACAUCUUCAGAAACUACCGAACCACCUGCCACCGACCCACCUGCAAUGGAACCCGUACCAGGAACAUCUUCAGAAAAUACUCAAAGAACUGGAAGACCAAGGCCUAAAAGAACAGUGGCUCAAAGAAGAUUAGAAAAUAGUUUACAAGUGGCAGGAACAAUGAAUGAAACUCAAAAAAAAAAAAUUCAAAUGAAGAAACAAUUUAAUGAAGCCUAUUUAAUAGAAAUGCGGCGUCGCACUGAUGCGAUUAUAGAGUUAUCUAACAGUAUUAAACAAUUAAGCAAUAACAAUAAUCAUGUGUAA